CUCGUAUGUUACCAGGGAAAGAACCAGUGAACAAUAGGGAAAGAUUUAUUAUGGUCUAAAGAAAAGAGAAAGUAGAACAAUCAAGAGGCAUUAGGAUGAAAUCCCUAAUAUUGGUGCUGUUGAUGUUUAACAUGACUAACCAGAUCAAGUAUGAAACAUGUGAUAUAAAGUGUCCACCAAAUUUGUGUAUGAAGAAAAUAUGUAUUUGUGACGGUGAUUGGGAUAUUUGUAAUGUUUAUAUUUUUAAAGACGAAGUUUUGAAUAUGACUUGCACUUUAAAGGACAAAGGCAUCAACGUUAACUCAUCAGAUGUAUAUGUUAUUUAUGGGAAUGGAACUGAAGUAUCAAAAAAUGAAAUGAUAGUAAUUGAUAGUUCUUCAUUGAGACUGACAAAACAUAUGAAUUCUAUGGAACGUAUUGGCCUUUUCAAUUUUCUCUGUAUGUACGGUAGAGGUGACAACCAUAAAAUAGUAGCCACUACAGGGGUUACAGUUGAUGACCCCCCAGCUCCUAUUGAGAAUUUUAGUUGUACCAUAUAUAACUGGGACGAAGGAAUGAUAUGUACCUGGGAUCUUGGAGUAAGAUAUAACAACACGCUAACUAUUAAAGUUUCCUUGCUCAUGAAGACUGGCGAUAUUACUAAACAGUUCAAUCCUGCUUGUGAACGAGAUAAAAAUAAUAAUAUUAUUUUUUGUAACUACACAUGGAACCAAACUGACCAUGUAACGUUUGAUAGAAGUUUUCUAAACUUCACUGUUAAUGUUACAAAUACUUGUUGUACCAAAGUUCCUGUUUCCAAGCAAACCGAAAAUUUAAUCAUCAUUCAAAAAGAAAAUGUGAAACCUGAUAAAGUACACAAUGUUACAGUGGCUUCAGUAAAAAGUACCUGUGUUUCACUGAACUGGGAUCAUCUCAAGCGGAACAGAAGUAAACUAUUCACUGUUAGAGCUACUACAAAUGACUCUUACUGGCAUGAUGCACAGCUGGAAGAAACACAAGAUACUAGUAUAACAGUUUGUGACUUGAAGCCUUACACGAGAUAUAAUUUCUCCAUUGAAACUAGACCAGGCAAAGAUGUAGGCUAUCCAAGUGAUCCUGUUUACAUCUCAGUCAAUACAGAUAUGGAUAAACCAUCCAGACCACCUGAAUUUGUGAACAGUGGCUAUCAAGUGUUAGAUGAAGAUUGCAUCAAUAAUGCCCGCAGAAUAUCAGUUCUUUGGAAGGCUUUAGGUAAAGAGUAUCAGAAUGGUCCUUUUCUUGGAUAUUAUAUAUCAGCAUCUAGUCCUAACGAUGGUCUAUUAAAAGAAUAUCAUGCUAAUAGUUCUGAUUCAGACCACCUGCAGCAGCCAAUGGAUAUUCCAUGUGACCAACCAAUAACUAUUACCAUGAAAUCAUGGGGCAAGGCAGGCUAUUCUAAUACAUCAACUAUCAUCAUACCAAAGGCUAAUUACUUAUCACAAUCAGAAAUAGCAGGUAUCGUAAUUGGUGUGGUUUUAUUUGUUGGUAUUGUCAUCACUUUAGUAGUUUGUGUUUUUAGGAUUGAUUGUUGUGGAAAAGUUAAAGAGAUUUUCAAACCACCUGAGAUAGAGUUACCUGUAGUCAAGAUAAAUUACAUGGAACAUAAUAAAGACAGUGGACAUGAGACACUUUCUACCUCCACAUUCAAGACUUCACAUACUAAUAGUAAUAGUGAAAAAGACAGUCAAUAUUCUGCUGUCUACAGUAAUGCAGGUUAUAGCUCAGUAGGAUCAAAGAAUGAAAAUGACUUUGUACUAAAAGGCUCUAUUAAAGAUGGAAGCUCUCAAUCUGUAUGUGAAUCCUUCUCAGAUAUAAACAGCGGUGAGGAUUCACCUCAAUCCUCCGGUUGCUCAUAUGAAUCGUAUUCUAGUGGAAGGAUGUUAUUGAACAGUUCAGAUGAUGAAGAUGGUUAUCGUGGGGCAGAAGAAAGUACAUGUUAUGAAGACGAUUCAGUGAAGAGUUAUGUUCAGCAGGAUGGAGAAAACUCAUCUGAAUUAACCUCAUCAGAUACUACACAAACUUCAAACAAACAAUGUAGUACUACUAAAGAAUUAAUCUCAUCAAAUACUACAGAAACUUCAAACAAACAAUGUAGUACUACUAAAGAAUUAACCUCAUCAAAUACUACAGAAACUAAUUAACCUCAUCAAAUACUACAGAAACUUCAAACAAACAAUGUAGUACAAAAGACAGUCAACAAGAUACUACUCAAACUACACAUCAAAUACACUCCGUUAAGACAGCAAUCAAAGCAAAUAAUUUAUCUCAGGAGGCAGCUUCUAUCAAAAGUACUGGUACUUCAGAAUGUGUUUGAUAUAAAAUGGCCCAAUGAACAGAAUGCUUAGUAUCAAGACUCACAUAUAAAAAUCAAAAAAAUUGUAAUAAAAGUAAAUGCCUGUUAUAGAAAAGAUGUAGAACUUAAGGGAGGAAAGAAAUCAUAAACCUUGGAUGUUUAGAUGUUCAUAAUGUUUUGUCUCGACGAAACUCACAGAAUGAGAGACAUAGGGAUUACAAUCAGGUGGUGGUGUAAACUAUUUGUAUUAAGCUUUAAAUUUCAGAAGGAAGAAGACCUGGAUGUUUCAUACUUUGUAUACAGAUGCCUUAUGUGACAAGAUUUCUGUCUAUUGUAUGUCCACUGUCCUUAGCCUCAUUUUCAUGGUUGAGGGGCUGCUUAAAAAAAAAAAUCUUUCCUCUUUUUUGUCAUGUGAAUUUCUCACUUAUUAUGAGUAAUAGGAUAACUAUAUUUGGUUGUAUGGUUCAUUGCAACGUCUAUAAGUUCGUCAGACAGGAUUCACCUGACCCGACCCCAUUUCGUGGAUCAGUGAUCAAGGUUAAAGUUACAUGAUUAAGUCGGUAUCUCAGAUACUAUAAGUAGGUCAAUAUAUGUAGUGUAUGGAAUGAUUGUUAAGUGUAUGUUUUAGUCAGGUAGGUUUCAUUUGACCUUGAUUUCAUUUUAUUGGUUUAUUGGUCAAUGUUAGAUUUGUUUCAUAAAUACUAUAAGCAAUAGGUCAGCUAUAAUUAAUGCACAGAAUGAUUGUAAGGUGGACAUGUCUGUCUUGUAAAUAUCAACUGACCUUGACCUCAUUUCAAAGUUCAUUAGUCAAUGUUAAGUUUUCAUGCUUUGGUAUGUUUCUUGUAUAUUAUAAGCAGAAGGUCGACUAUAUUUGGUGUAUGGAAUGAUAUUAAGGUUUACACGUCUGAUCAUAAAAUUGAUCAUGGUCAUUAAAGCAGCGGAGACAUUUCAGCAUGUCCUCUCUUGUAGUUCAAACUUGUACAUAAGUCUUUACAAAAUAUUAUAAUUUUUUUGACAUAAAACUCUUUAUACAAUACACUAUCUUUUUUUACUCGUACAUAAAAUUACUGAAUAUAAUACACUGUUUUUAACUUGUACAUUAAAUUACUGUAUAUAAUAUACUAUAUAUUUUACUUGAUUAUCUUGUACUUAGAAUGUUUGUAAAUAAUGGAUAAUAUACUACCGGUAUAUAUUUUACUUGGUUAUCUUGUACUUUGAUUGUUUGUAAAUAAUCUCAUAUAAUCUCAUAUCAGCAUUAUCUUUUGUACUAAAUAUUUUUUCCUGUGAUAACACUGUGAACACAAAUAUGUUUUUGUUUUGUUUUGGUAAAUGUGCAAUACAAUAAGACUUGCUGCAAUAAAACUGACUUUUUUUUUACUAUUUUUAAGGCAAUUGCUUUUUGCCUUUAUGCUAUGGUGAGACUGCCAUAUUUGUGAUGCAGAUUGAAACUGGUCGAAGUACAAAAUUUCUGCUGCUACGAUAAAUUUCCUUUGUUUUUAUGAUUAAUUUGUAUAGAACAGGUCUAGUUAAAAACAAUGGUGGGCUGGUGAAGUUUCAAAACAUUAAUUUAUAGAUGUAUUUUACAUUUCUUCAUGUUUUUCGAUUGACUAUUAAAGAUAAAUUAAGUAGAAGUCAGAGUGAAAAAGUGUGUUUUUAUCAGUGCCAUUUUGGUUCUUUAGAUUUUUCAUCAUAAUAUUAAAUUAUGUCAGUUUUUGAUUUAAUAUUGAAAAUUUGAAUGAACAAUCCCUUAUAUCAGUAUUUAGUGAAGAACAACUUUUUAUGCCAACAAAUCUAACUGAUUUUUUAUUUACUUUUGGCACUCAUAACUCAAGUGUACAAUGAAAGAUUUGAAUUUUCGGCAAAAGAAUGUUUCACUUCAUUUAAACAUGAUUUAAUGGCCUUAAGUUAAAAUUUGAUCCAUUUUUUUGCAUAAUAAACGUCAAAUUCCUUUCCAAAUGGCUCAUCAGAGAUUUUUUAUUAUUGUAAAUUUUCCUCCUCCACCAUUUUAAAUUCAUGUAUAUAAGGUUGUAAACCACAUGUAGUAGAAAUCAUAAAAACAUUGACUUGGAGGCAAUUGCCUUUGUAGCUCUCUCACGCCUUGAUUAUUAAUUCUUGUUACUAAAACCAGCAUUUUUAUUUUUUUAUAAUAAUUUUUGUUUUAAUAGAAUGGACCAACAUGAACAUAUUGGUCCUUGUAAAUGACAUAAAUGGACAAAAAAAUAAAAUCCAAAAUCAAUGAUGUUACUAUGCACCACCAUUUCUGAAUUGGUUCAGCAUAUUAUAGUCAAGUCUGGCAGUUUAGAUAGUCAGAUAUGUUUGUAUCAUUUACUUAGUGUUAAAUGGACAUGUGAUGGAUAAAAUCUAUGGUCAGUACUGUUAAGGGUGCAAUCAACAGUUUUUUUCUAUGACGUCCUAUUUUAAGGGACCAUGCCUAAGUGACCCUUAGUGGUGGAAUGGUUAAUAAAGAUACUUGAAUAAAACUAGAUAUCACUGGAAUCAGAAUUUUUCUCUAGUUUAUAUUGAAAUAAAAAUAUAGUGUACUUUUAGUAUAGUAAAAAAGUUCUAUCCAGAGAAAACGGGGAAAAAGUUGCCUAAUCUGAACAUAAAAAACCUGAAAUCAGCUCAUGUGCAUACCCAUGUAAACAUGAUACAGGCACAUUUCCCAUAAUCAAAACUGUAUGAAAUUCAUAGGUUUUUACCUGGCCUUUAAUAAAAAUCAUGUUUCAGGGUACGGUUUCCUGCUUCGAAAAGAGCUACAGUGGCUGCAAAUAAGUUUUCAAUUUGCAUUGCCAAAAAAACAGGAUGUUUACAGUGUUGUCUCCCCUCAAAACAUGUAUAUUUAAUCUAAUUUUUAAAAUUAUUUUAAUCAUUCAACCUGUUUAAAUUGAAAGCUAAUUAACUAAUUUAUACAAUCAAAUACAAAAAACUUUUUCACCAAUUAUAUGAAUAAAAAGGGAUUUCCCUCCAUGGUUAUUUUUAGUCGGGGAAUGACCCCUAGUUUUUUAUACGAAACUGUUUAUAGCACCCUAAAGUGUUAAUGUUUCAUUUUUAUACGACCGCAAAAAUUUUUUGCGGUCGUAUAUUGGUAUGACGUUGGCAUCGUUGUCUUCCGAAGACACACUGGUUUUCGCACAAUAACUUUAGUUUAAGUGAAUGGAUCUCUAUGAAAUUUUACCAUAAGGUUCAGUACCACAAAAGGAAGGUUUGGAUUGAUUUUGGGAUGGUACCAACAGUUAAGGAAUUAGGGGCCAAAUAAACAUUUUUCUAGUUUCCAGACAAUAACUUGUGGAACGGUGUAUGAAUCUCUCUGAAAUUAUACCACAAGUUUCCAUACCACAAAGGGAUGGUUAAGAUUGACUUUGGGGGCUAUGGCUCAAACCGUUUAGGAAUUAGGGGCAAAAAAGGGGGAAAAACAAGGGUUUCUUGGUUAAUGGACAAUUUAAAAGCAGUGUAAGGGAGGUAAUCCAAAUACAUUUAAAGUAUUAAAAAAAAAUUGGAUUGCCUCCCUUACAUUGCUUUUAAAUUAUGUAUAAAGAUGUUGUAUUGUCUUGAGGUGAUUAGCUGUCAAUUAAUUUUUAGAAGUUACUAUUAAAGGAAUAUUAAUUUUAGCCAUGAUUAUGUAUUUUAUUUUCUAUUUUAAGACUUUUAUGAUGUAUUUAAAUUGGUAAUUAUGGUUGCAAACUCCAUUGGAAAUUUGAAUUGAGAUUAUGACCAUAUCAUGAGGGAAAGAAUUUUUUUAGGAAAAAGGGGCGGGAGGUGAAAAAAAUUUGGGGGGGGGGGGGCAAUUUUUUCUCAUUUCAGAUUUCAGAAAAUUAAAAAGAAAAUUUCUUCAAAUUAUUUUUUUUUUUUUGCAAAAUAAAGGGAGGGGGGGGGGGGUCAAUACGGAACAGCAUGGUGUAUUGCACAAAAGCAAAAAGUUGAAUAUAAAUUCAAAUCAUAUAACCAAUUCUAGAUUCUUUGACUACAGUUAUUCUGUGUCAGAAAACUAUUAUGUGUCAAAUAUUUAAUUACAAUCCAAAUUUAGACCUGUAUCAAGCGCGAAUAUUGUGUCCAUUUUUGCCCCAACUGUUCUGGGUUGGACCUCUGCGGUCGUAUCCAGCUGUGCUCAGCGAAGCAUUUUAUUUGUCACUGAUAUUUUGAAAAUUAUGAUAUGCAACGAUUUCAGAAUUGAUAGUACAUUUUAACUUUGUCUGUGGCAGCAAUCUCUAUCAGUAUUACACUUAUCAGUUUGCUUUUAGGCAUACAUUUUUAUUUUUUUAUAAUAUUCAUUUGUAAUUUACAGUAUACGCUAAUGUGUCUAUUAUAAAUCAGAGUGAACUUUUAAAAAAAUUCUUUUCCCAACCUUUCUGUGACAGCCUUUAUAUUGUUACAUGAUUGAAUAAUUAAGUAGAAAUACUGCAGAUUCACUCUUCCAAAAUUAUAGUAAAAACAGAUGAUUCUGUUAAAGGAAAGUACUGUUUCUAGAACUCAGAAAGCUUUAAGUACAGUGUGUAAAAAAUGAGAAGUUUUAUCAACUACUCAAGUUGUAAAUUUUUUGAUAUGUAUUAUGAAUCUCAUUUAAAUUCAAGCUUCCCAUACAUAUGGCAAUUGUAGCCCUAUUGAUUGUUUUUGGUUAAUAGGUUAAAGCUCAAGGUUACUAAAAAUUGAAAAAUGGUUUCUGUAUUGUAGCCUUAAUUUCACUUGUUUUAUUGAAAUGAAAAUUAUACAGAUAGUCGAUAUGGGAUUGGGAAAAAUUCUAUUGAUUUAAGAGUCAACAUGUUAAAGGUCUAGGUCGCAAACUAAAAAUAUAUUUAUUUCAAGAGUUGGUUUCUAGAUGGUAUCCUACUUUGACCACUUUGAAUUACACAUAUACACAUUAUUUAGGUGAAACAUUAGCAUAAAUGACAUGCAAUAGUAGUACAUAUUUAUUUGUCCCUCCAAGCAUACUAGUAUUUUAAAACCUUUAAAUAUAAUUGUUUUCUUUCAAUAAAUUUUUAGUUCAGGGAGCAUUAGUUGACAGUGGCAGAUUUUUACUUUUUCUACAAGUCUGUACAUGUGAUGCUUUAUUUGAAAGGGCAGUCUGAAUAACUAAAUCUUUGGUGCUUUAUUUGAUAGGGCAGUCUAAAUAACUAUAUCUUGGGUGCUUUAUUUGAUAUGGUCAGUCUGAAUACCUGAACCCAUGGUCCUUCAUUUGACAGAUCAGUCUGAAAACAUGAAGCCAUGGUCGUAGUACUUUUGGUCCUUAUUUUACAUAUUAUUAAUCUUAAUAUCAGUAUCUCUGGUGCUUAAUCUGAUACAUCAUUAUGAAUAUAAAAAAACUUUGGUCCUUUAUUUAACACAUCAGCCUGAAUAUUAGUACUGUUCAUCUUUUAUUUAACACAUGACUUAAUAUGGAUACAGAUAUUGCUUUGAUUUGUUUAUACAAUGCCUGUAGAAUUCAGUACCUAUGCAACAUUUUAUAGUUUCUUCAAUCAAAUGAUACUUUCCAUAGUUUUUCUGAAUAUAUGUCAUUCUUACCAUCUAUUCCAUCUGGUCUUUGACUCAUUGGUGUAGGUUAAAUUAUACUUGUUAGAGGGGUCUAAAUACAGCACAAACAACACUUUCCAAAAGACCAAAAAAGUGAAAAAGUAUAUUUUAACAAAACGCAUUUGACUAACAGGUCAAAUAACAAAUGUUCUUAAACCCUGCUGACUGCCAUUGGCGAUUGCCAAAUAUACUUGUACAUUUAUAUGCAUAAGAAGUCACACAAGAUAUAUUAUUUGUUUAUUUACACUUUAAGUUGCUGUAUUGUUUGUAUGUAUCAUUUUUUGUGCAUAUCUAUAACAUGACAGGAAAUUUUUUUUUUUAUUUUGUAAUGAUACUAGUUAUGUUCUUUUUAUAUUUUUGCAGCAAAAACUAUGUUAAUGCACUUUUAUAUACAGUUGUAUUAGUUAAUCAACACUAUAUGAAUGAUUAAAAAAAAUAUAUUUAUAUAUAUAUAUAUUUAGUCAGUCAUCUUUGUCUAUCUGAAACAUUUUCUGAAAGAUAAAUUAAGGGGGUACAGAACACCUAAGGGAGAUAGCUCUUUAAAAAUCAGCUGAAUGUUUUAAUCGCAUACUAAUAGUAAAGAGAAAUCAAGUGUCUCAAUGUUCAAAAUUAGUGUUUGUCAAACUGCUAUAUAUCCAAUGAAAUUAUUCUAGUAAAUUGUGUGGUUCAAAUUUCUUGAAAUUUUUAUAUUUUUGUCAACAGGUCAUUCUAAAUAUUUUGUCAAAAUUUCAUGAAAAUUAAACAAGCCAAUUCUAUUUUAGUCAAAGUGUUUGGUACCCCCUUAUUUUGCUUUUUUUAUGUCCCACCUACGAUAGUAGAGGGGCAUUAUGUUUUUCUGUCUGUGCGUCCAUUUGUCCACUCGUCUGUCUGUCCCGCUUCAGGUUCAAGUUUUUGGUCAAGGUAGUUUUUGAUAAAGUUGAAGUCCAAUCAACUUGAAACUUAGUACACAUGUUCCCUAUGAUAUGAUCUUUCUAAUUUUAAUACCAAAUUAGAGUUUUUACCCCAAUUUCAUGGUCCACUGAACAUAGAAAAUGAUAGUGCGAGUGGGGUAUCUGUGUACUAUGGACACAUUCUUGUUUAAACAGAUAGUAGCUACGAUUUUCAUUAAAAUUAUUUUUUUUAUGUAUAUGCCGGAUUUUGUACAAAAAGUUAUUUAAGAAUGAAUAAAACCAUUACUGUUUACUUUCCAUUAAGCAUUUAGAAGCUUUUUAACAUUUUACACCUGAAUUUAAUUUUUGUCUACCAGACAAAAAUUCGAUGUUAAGCCAACCCUUAUUCAUAUGACCUAUGUUGAACUUUAAGGGAAAAUCCACGAUUUUUUACUUAUCAUCUAAAUAUGUUCCUCAUAACAUAAAAAACACAUUCACAAAGUUUUAAAUUUAUAUUCCCUCUAAAAACGGAGAAAAUCAAGUAUUUGUAACUUUUUUGGUUGACAUACGUCAUCAUGUUGUGACGUUUUAAUCCGAUUUAGUGAAUGCUGGGAAAUAAUUAAAUCAGUUAAAGGUCUUAAUCGCUUAUAGAAUUUUUCCGUAAUUAAAAGAGCGCAGAUGUCCGUUUCGAUAUUUUGAAAAUUAUGAUAUGCAACGAUUUCAGAAUUGAUAGUACAUUUUAACUUUGUCUGUGGCAGCAAUCUCUAUCAGUAUUUCACUUAUCAGUUUGCUUUUAGGAAUACAUUUUUAUUUUUUUAUAAUAUUCAUUUGUAAUUUACAGUAUACGCUAAUGUGUCUAUUAUAAAACAGAGUGAACUUUAAAAAAAAUUCUUUUCCCAACCUUUCUGUGACAGCCUUUAUAUUGUUACAUGAUUGAAUAAUUAAGUAGAAAUACUGCAGAUUCACUAUUCCAAAAUUAUAGUAAAAACAGAUGAUUCUGUUAAAGGAAAGUACUGUUUCUAGAACUCAGAAAGCUUUAAGUACAGUGUGUAAAAAAUGAGAAGUUUUAUCGACUACUCAAGUUGUAAAUUUUUGAUCUGUAUUAUGAAUCUCAUUCAAAUUCAAGCUUCCUAUACAUAUGGCAAUUGUAGCCCUAUUGAUUGUUUUUGGUUAAUAGGUUAAAGCUCAAGGUUACUGUUACUAAAAAUUGAAAAAUGGAUUCUGUAUUGUUGCCUUAUUAAUUUCCCUUGUUUUAUUGAAAUGAAAAUUAUACAGAUAGUCGAUAUUGGGAUUGGGAAAAAUUCUAUUGAUUUUAGAGUCAACAGGUUAAAGGUCGAGGUCGCAAACUAAAAAUAUAUUUAUUUCAAGAGUUGGUUUCUAGAUGGUAUCCUACUUUGACCACUUUGAAUUACACAUAUACACAUUAUUUAGGUGAAACAUUAGCAUAAAUGACAUGCAAUAGUAGUACAUACUUAUUUGUCCCUCCAAGCAUACUAGUAUUUUAAAACCUUUAAAUAUAAUUGUUUUCUUUCAAUAAAUUUUUAGUUCAGGGAGCAUUAGUUGACAGUGGCAGAUUUUUACUUUUUCUACAAGUCUGUACAUGUGAUGCUUUAUUUGAAAGGGCAGUCUGAAUAACUAAAUCUUUGGUGCUUUAUUUGAUAUGGCAGUCUGAAUAACUAUAUCUUGGGUGCUUUAUUUGAUAUGGUCAGUCUGAAUACCUGAACCCAUGGUCCUUCAUUUGACAGAUCAGUCUGAAAACAUGAAGCCAUGGUCGUAGUACUUUUGGUCCUUAUUUUACAUAUUAUUAGUCUUAAUAUCAGUAUCUCUGGUGCUUAAUCUGAUACAUCAUUAUGAAUAUAAAAAAACUUUGGUCCUUUAUUUAACACAUCAGCCUGAAUAUUAGUACUGUUCAUCUUUUAUUUGACACAUGACUUAAUAUGGAUACAGAUACUGCUUUGAUUUUUGUAUACAAUGCCUGUAGAAUUCAGUACCUAUGCAACAUUUUAUAGUUUCUUCAAUCAAAUGUUACUUUCAAUAGUUUUUCUGAUUAUAUGUCAUUCUUACCAUCUAUACCAUCUGGUCUUUGACUCAUUGUUGAAGGUUAGAUUAUACUUGUACAUUUAUAUGCAUAAGAAGUCACACAAGAUAUAUUAUUUGUUUAUUUACACUUUAAAUAGCUGUAUUGUUUGUAUGUAUCAUUUUUUGUGCAUAUCUAUAACAUGACAGGAAUUUAUUUUUUUUAUUUUGUAAUGAUACUAGUUAUGUUCUUUUUAUAUUUUGCAGCAAAAACUAUGUUAAUGCACUUUUAUAUACAGUUGUAUUAGUUAAUCAACACUAUAUGAAUGAUUAAAAAAAAUAUAUUUAUAUAUAUA